AUGGCAGCAUUGAGCAAACUACCCCUUCGCCAGCUAGGUCGCAAUGGACCUUUUGUCCCUCGACUGGGCUUGGGAUUAAUGAGUGCGAGCGGAACUUACAAUGCGCCUCUAUCGGAGGCUGACCAUCUCGCUUUCAUGGAUGAAGCUUACAAGCGAGGCGAAACGUUCUGGGACACUGCCGAUAAAUACGGCACGUCCGAGGACGUUCUAGGCAAAUGGUUCGCCGCCAACCCUGACAAGCGCGAAGAUAUCUUCCUGUCCAGCAAGUUUGGCAUAGUACUGACACCCAACCAAAAACCGGCCUUCAAGAUCGAUUCGACCCCCGAGUACUGCCGGAAAGCCAUCGAAUCAUCUCUCCGCCGUCUCAAUCUACCCUACAUCGACAUGUAUUACAUCCACCGUCUGGACAAGGUCACCCCGAUCGAAAAGACCAUGGAAGCCAUGGUCGAGCUCAAGAACGCAGGGAAGAUCAAAUACAUAGGCUUGAGCGAAUGCAGCGCUGAAUCACUCCGACGCGCAUACGCAGUCCACCCCAUCACGGCUGUCCAGGUCGAAUACAGCCUUUUCUGUCGUGCCAUCGAGUUCCCACAGACUCGUCUUCUUGAGACCGCGCGUGAACUCGGAGUCGCUAUUGUAUGCUACAGUCCUCUUGGUAAUGGCUUCCUCGCCAAUACCAUCCAUACCAGAGAGGAUGUUAAGCCCGGGGAUGCUCGGGGGCAUCUUCCUUGGCUCAGCGAGGAUAAUUUGGAACAGAAUGUGGCCGUUGUCGAGAAGAUCGCGAGCAUCGCUGCGUCCAAGGGUGUUUCAUCCGCUCAACUGGCUUUGGCGUGGUUGCUUGUCCAGGGAGAUGACAUCUUUCCAAUUCCUGGAACAACUAAGGCACAUCGGCUGGUUGAGAAUCUGGAGAGUGUGCACGUUUCCGUGUCGGCGGGCGAGGAAAAGGUGUUGCGGGAGACAGCGGAUGCUAUUGUGGGUGCUCGGUUCCAGGAAAUGACUGGUUAUGCUUUUGCAGACACACCGGUGCUGUGA